GUUGAGUGCGUGGGUGAGGGAGUGAGGGGUGGGUGACUUCGUGGGUGACUGAAUGGACGAGUGGGCGUCGGAGUGACUGGCGGGCGAGUCGACGGGCGAGGGAGUGUCUGCACCACCACCACCCACGCCCCGUCUCCCCUCUCUCCCCAUGUCAUCCCCGUCUGCACGUGGAAUCGCCACAAGCAGCCGCUCGUCGCGGGGGGCACACGAAGCGAGUCGGCGAAGCCACCCAGUGAGUCACUGCCACGAAUCGUUAAGGUGCCGGGCUGAGCACGGAGCAGAGGUGGUGAGAGAGAGAGGAGGAAGAGGGAGGAGGAAGAGAGAAGACUGAAAACAACAGCACGUAGCAUAUUGCGGGGAGUAGAGAGGAGAGAGAGUGGGGGAGGGGGUUAGAGAGGGAGGUGGGAGAGACGGGAGGCGAGAGGGUGGUGGGGGGGGAGUGGGAGACGGACGGACACAGCAACGGCGAAGAACGAAUCGAGCGAUAUCCACUGCAGAGGACGACUGCCGCGUCUCUGGCGACUGAGCGAGACUCGGAGACACCCAGAAGGAAGGUGCAGCUAUUAAACUGGCGGAGAAGCAGAUCUCGUGAGCGACGCAGAACGACUGAUAAGUGACUGACAGACAGACACGCGUACAGGGCAACAUUGAGACAGGCACAGAGAGAGAGCCAGAGAGAGAUAUCAAUCUGAGAAUAUUUAGAUACUGAGACACGGAUAGACAUCGGGGUAAAGAGAGUACACAUACACACACUGACACACACACUGACAGACACACACUGACACACACACACUGACACACACACACAGUGACACACACACACACUGACACACACACUGACACACACACACACACACUGACACACACACACACUGACACACACACACUGACACACACACACACUGACACACACACACACACUGACACACACACACUGACACACACUAACACACACACACACUGACACAUACACACUGACACACACACACACUGACACUGACACACACUGACACACACACACUGACACACACAGACACACACACACUGACACACACACACACACACUGACACACACACACACUGACACACACUGACACACACACACUGACACACACACACUGACACACACACACUGACACACACACUGACACACACACACACUGACACACACACACUGACACACACACACACUGACACACACACACUGACACACACACACUGACACACACACACUGACACACACACUGACACACACACACUGACACACACACACUGACACACACACUGACACACACACACGGACACACGGGGCCGGCAUGGCUCUUCUCGCGCUCUGCAUCGUCGCUGCUCUGUGCAGUAGCCGCGCGCUCCUGGCCGCGCGUCCCUCCUCUUCCUCCUCCUCCGCCGCGGGCCGCGGGUCCGUAGGGUCCGGGUUGGGCUCCGGCCCGGGGCUGGCCUCGGUGCCCAACUCCGGGUUGGGGAUGGGGGGGCCGCUGCGUCGGAGAGGAGAGGGAGGAGGCGGAGGAGGAGGUGGAGGAGGUGGUGGAGGAGGAGGAGGUGGAGGAGGAGGUGGAGGAGGAUCCCGGGGGGGAUCAGCCGGCGGUCCAAAUCGUUCUCUGCAACAACAGCAACAGAAGCAGAAGCAGCUACAGCUGCAGCUGCAGCAGCAGCAGCAGCAGGCGGGGUCGGGCGGUAGCUCCCCGGACCCGUGCUACAACGAAAGCGGCCACCCGCGCCGCUGCAUCCCCGACUUCGUGAACGCGGCGUUCGAGAUGGAGGCGCGCGCCAGCAGCACGUGCGGGAGCCCCCCGUCACGGUAUUGCUCCUCUAUCUCCUCCUCAUCCUCCUCCUCAUCCUCCUCGGGUCCUUCCGGAGGCGAUGGCCGGGGCCACAUCCUCGCCGGCGCUGCUGCUGCUGCGGCUGCAACGGGAGGAGGAGGAGGAUCCGUCGGCGUCGGCUGCCGCAUCUGCGACUCGUCCGACCCGCGCGGCGCCCACCCUCCCUCGCUGCUCACCGACCUCCACAACCCGCACAACGCCACGUGCUGGCUGUCCGAGGCGGGCCUGUCGCCCGGCCAGAACGUCACCCUCGUGGUGCCUCUGGGCCUCAAGUACGAGGUGACCUUCGUGAGCGUCCAGUUCUGCACGCCGCUGCCGCCCGACUCGCUCGCCAUCUACAAGUCCAUGGACCGCGGCAAGACGUGGGUGCCCUUCCACUUCUACUCGAGCCAGUGCCGACGCGUGUUCGGGCGGCCGCACCGCGGCACCGUCACCAAGAUGACCGAGCAGGAGGCGCUGUGCACCGACGCGCACCUGUCCCAGGGCCUCGUGGCAUUCAGCACGCUGGACGGGCGUCCGUCGGCCAACGAUUUCGCCAACAGCCCCGUGCUGCAGGACUGGGUGACGGCCACCGACAUCAAGGUGGUGCUGGUCAAGCCGUGGAGCAAUUUGGCCGGGGGGUCGUCAUCGUCCUCGGCAUCAUCAUCAUCCUCCUCCUCCUCCGGCGGGGUCAUCGGCGGCGUCGUCUCGCCUGGGUCAACAGCCGGCGGCGGCGGCGCCGUCAGCAACGAGCUGGCGGACGGAACGCCUCCAGAGAGUCGCUACCACGGCGUGGCCGACAUCCAAGUCGGGGGCCGCUGCCGCUGCAACGGGCACGCGUCGCGGUGCGGCCGCGACCGCGACGGGGCGGCCGCGUGCGAGUGCCGCCACAACACGGGCGGGCCCGAGUGCGACUCGUGCCGAGCAUUCCACCACGACCGGCCCUGGCAGAGGGCCACGAGCAGAGAUGCCCACGAGUGCGUCGGUGAGUCGGCGGCGGCGGUGGUGGUGAGUGUGGUGGUGGUGAGUGUGAGAGUGGUGGUGGUGAGUGUGAGAGUGGUGGUGAGUGUGAGAGUAGUGGUGGUGAGUGGUGGUGGUGAGUGGUGGUGGUGAGUG